UUCAACCAUACCGAUAAUAUCACAUUUUCUUCUAAUACAUCUGACAAAGAAAAUAGCAAUCUCGGUGAACCAUCUAAAGAUCAUGCAGGAAUCCAUUUAAACGAAUUCACUCAGUUUAUUGUCGAAUAUAUUGGAUCAGAAAACAAAGAAGAUUUUGAGGUGGCUGUGUUUUUCGAUAACGAAGAAACCUUGAAUUCUUUGGAUCAAAUUUCUAAACGUCUUCGUGAGGAAUUGAGCGACGGUGAUGGUUACAAGUGGAUUCAGUCAUCAGUUCUUAACGAUUUCAAGAAUUCCAAUCGGAAGCGUAUGAUACGAUAUGAUUGUAACGGACAACUUAUUAUCCACAUUAACAAGCUCCUGAAACGAGCUCACAUACAGGUCAAACACAGUUUUUUACAUGACCAUCCGUCUCUUUCUGCUGAAGUUUCCACCGAGAUUCUUGAAGAAAUUAAAGAAAAUUGUCAUCUGGAUCCGCUCCAACUCAGGUCCCAUCUUUCAGUCCACUUCGAUCUAAAGGAUAUAACCGCAAAACAAAUAUAUUAUUGGUGGAGCAAAUCAAACCAAGCAAAAUAUCAAAAACAUAAAGACCCAGUACAAUCAGCGAUCAUCCUCCUCCAAGAAAUAUAUACAGAAAAAGGAUGUAAAUUGUUGAUGUCGACAGCAUCCACUACCUUAACAACGAUUGCAUUCACAACACCCAAUCUUAAUGUCUUAUUAAAAGUCAAGGAAAUUCAUAUCGAUGCAACGUAUAAAACCGCAAAAGGAUCUUUUGAGCUAUAUGGAAUUAUAGGACAAUAUCAAGGUUCUGCAAACCUCGAAAACCGAUUAAUGUAUAAUGAGUUUCACCGCAAUCAGGAUUACCCAUUUUGGACUAGAGAGUAUCAAUAUAAUGCUUCCAAACCAGAUUCAUCGGGACAAGGCUCUACUAUACAGGAAAUAUAUAGUGAUAAUGAUAAGGAUUCAGAUAUAUCGAAAGGAGAAUUAGAAGUCAUCUUACAAAAAGUUGAACGUUUAGUUCAACACACAAGAGAGGAACAUACACAUGGAAAUACAAAGCAUGUUAAAGCUUUGCUGAAGGGAUUAAAACGAGCAUGUGAUAUGAUGGAAGAUAUUGAUAAAUCACAAAGAAAACGAAUUAGAGAACGUACAUGGGAAGAUGCUAAACCACAUACACUAUAUUUGAAUUAA